GCUUUGAUUGUGGAGACUGAGUAAAGCCGGCCCGGGAGACGAGAUGAGCACGGCCGCGGAAAGGAAGUACAUCAACGUUAGGAAGAGGCUGGACCAGCUGGGCUACCGCCAGACUCUGACGGUGGAGUGCCUGCCUCUGGUGGAGAAACUCUUCAGUGACUUAGUUCAUACAACAGAAAGCCUACGCCAGUCCAGGCUGUCCUCGGCAAAGGCGGAGAAGGAAAGUGCCAACUUCGAUUUUGUUUUGGAGCCUUAUAAACUUGAGAAUACAAGACUGAGCAGGGAGAAUAAUGAAUUGUAUCUGGAGUUGAUGAAGCUGAGAGAAUGCUCAGACCAGCACAUUAAAGAGUUGAAAACUACAUUGAAAAAGUGUGCACACGAGACAGCUGAUCUGAAGUUUCUGAAUAACCAGUACGUUCAUAAGCUCAAACUCCUGGAGAAAGAGAGCAAAGCUAAGAAUGAGAAAAUCCAACAGCUUCAAGAAAAGAAUUUGCACGCUGUAGUUCAGACUCCCGGAGGCAAGAAAAGAAGCAUUGCAUUUAGGCGCCAGCGGAUGCAAAUCGAUGAACCAGCCCCACCCUCUGAAGUCAGUUCCUACCCAGUUCCACAGCCAGAGGACCCAUACAUUGCAGACCUCCUGCAAGUGGCUGAUAACAGGAUUCAGGAACUUCAGGAGGAAGUCCACCAGCUGCAAGAGAAGUUAGCACUGAUGGAAAACGGGGUGAGAAAUUACAGCAAGCAGAUUGAGCUAAGAGAACGAGAAAUAGAGCGACUAUCACUUGCUUUGGAUGGCGGCCGUUCCCCUGAUAUCCUGUCUCUGGAGACUAGAAAUAAAACCAAUGAAAAGCUUAUUGCUCACUUAAAUAUCCAGGUUGACUUCCUUCAGCAAGCUAAUAAAGAGCUGGAGAAGCAUAUUCAAGAGCUGGUGGAAACCAAGGAAACGGUGACAAGUGAAGUUGUGAACCUCAGUAACAAGAACGAAAAGCUCUGCCAGGAGCUAACGGAAAUCGACCAGCUAGCGCAGCAGCUGGAAAGGCACAAGGAGGAAGUGCUGGAGACUGCCGACAAGGAGCUCGGGGAGGCAAAGAAAGAGAUUAAAAGAAACCUCUGUGAAAUGCGGAACCUUGAGGAAAAAAUGACAAAACUUCAACUGGAAUUAGACUUAUGCCACAAGGAAAAGGAGAGACUAAAUGAUGAGCUCCUUCUGAAAUCAGACCUGGAAACUGUUGUUCAUCAGCUUGAACAAGAAAAGAACAGACUUAGCAAAAAAUUGGAAACUUUUGCAGUCACAGAAAGAGAACUGACUUUGGAAGUUGAGAGGAUGAGGCUAGAACAUGGGAUAAAACGUCGAGAUAAGUCUCCCUCUCGUUUAGAUACAUUCCUGAGAGGCAUAGAGGAGGAGCGAGACUAUUACAAGAAAGAACUGGAAAAGCUCCAGCAUAUCAUCCAGCGGAGAACUUGUUCUGUAAAUUACUAUGCCCGGGAAAAGACCUCAAUAUCCAAAUGCUCAGAAAAGGGCGAUCACAAUUCAGACAUUCAUCUGAUCACAAGAGAACGAGAUGAGCUUCAGCGCAUGCUAGAGAGAUUUGAAAAAUACAUGGAGGAUAUUCAGUGCAAUGUGAAGCUGCUCACAGCGGAAAGGGAUAAACUCAGUGUCUUGUAUAACGAAGCUAAGGAAGAGUUGUGUGCACUGAGACAGGAUUCUACUAAUGUGACAGUCCCCAACAGUCUUGUUAGUUGUAUGGAGAAGGAGAAGGAACGUGCGUUAUCCGACUUAAGAAGAAUCACAGCAGAAAAGGAAGCUCUGCGAGAGAAGUUGAAGAAUAUCCAAGAAAUGAAUGUUUUUGGAAAAUCAGAAUUAGAGAAGACUAUUGAACAUUUGACAUAUAUGAAUCACCAGCUUGAAAAUGAGAAAUAUGAAUUGCAAUCUAAAAUAUUACUAAUGAAAGAAACAGUAGAGUCAUUAGAGACCAAAUCAAAACUCCAAGCUCAAAAGCUUAGCCACGUGACUGGUGACUCAUCUCAUCAGAAAACAGAGAUGAACUCUCUUAGGAUGGUAAAUGAACAGCUGCAGCGAUCACUUGAUGACUGUCAGCACCGACUUUCCGUAAAAAGAGGUGAACUUGAAUCAGCCCAAGAACAAGUUAAAGUUCUGGAGGAAAAACUAGAGAAACUAAACUGUAAGAUGACAUCACAGAGCGAAGAAGCUCACGCCUUGAAGAAAACCAUUGGCAUGAUUGACAAAGAGAAGGACUUUCUCCAGGAGACUGUCGAUGAGAAGACAGAGAAGAUCGCCAGCCUGCAAGAGAGCCUCACCAGCAAAGAGAAAGCUAUUGCCCAGGUGAAGGUCACAGUCGCAGAGUAUGAAGCGUCUUUGAACCAGCUAAAGGACACCUUGGCUAAUCGAGACCGAGAGAUAAACAGCCUCCGACGGCAGCUCGAUGCCGCUCACACGGAGCUGGAGGACGUCGGGAAGUCUAGAGAGAUCUCUUUUAAGGAGAACAGAAGGUUACAAGAUGACCUGGCCACGAUGGCAAGGGAAAACCAGGAAAUCUCAAUAGAAUUAGAAACAGCAGUGCAAGAGAAGGAAGAGAUGAAGAGCAGAGUUCACAAGUACAUCACGGAGGUGUCACGGUGGGAGAGCCUCAUGGCUGCCAAGGAAAAUGAAAACAAAGACUUGCUAGACAGAUUCCAGAUGCUUCACAACCGUGCUGAGGACUGGGAGAUCAAAGCCCAGCAAGCUGAAGGGGAGAGUAGCUCAGUCCGCCUGGAGCUGCUGUCCAUUGACACAGAAAGAAGACACCUGCGAGAGCGAGUGGAGCUCCUAGAAAAGGAAAUUCAGGAGCACAUCAAUGCGCACCACGCUUACGAGUCUCAGAUCUCAUCAAUGGCAAAAGCCAUGUCUCGGUUAGAAGAAGAGCUGCGGCUUCUGGAGAAUGAAAAGGCAACAGUGCUAACUGACCUGUCGUGUCUCCGGGAACUUUGCAUUAAGCUGGAUUCUGGCAAGGACCUCAUGACCCAGCAGCUGAAUUCCAAAAGCCUUGAGCUGGAGAGGUCAGUAGCAGAAUUAGAAAAUGUAAAAUCCGAAUCAGAACUGCUGAAAAAACAGCUGACAAGUGAGAGACAGACGAUUAAAAAUCUAGAGUCAUUGUUAGCUACAAACAGAGACAAGGAAUUCCAUUCCCAUUUAACCUCGCAUGAGAAGGACACAGAAAUCCAGCUGCUGAAGGAGAAGCUAAACCUCUCAGAGAGCAAACUAACUAGCCAGAGCCGAGAAACCGCUAUGCUUCGAGCCAAAGUGACACAGUUGCAGGCCGAUUAUGAUACUCUGAAAAGGCAGAUUUCAAAUGAGAGAUAUGAACGAGAACGAGCAAUCCAGGAGAUGCGCCGGCAUGGUCUUCCUACGUCACCUCUGAGUUCUACUCUGAAAUCUCCUGUACAGUCUCCUGAACAUAUAAAUGCAUAGUUAUCAAAAAGCUAUGUAUCAGAUACCAAGGACAGAUAAUGGUUUUCAGUGAGUUCCCAGGUGGAUUUUUGUAAGAACACAAGAGUAAUGAAAUAUUUGAAGUACUUGUUCCUGCGAAUCAUGAACAGUAACACAGAUUCUACCUCUGUCAACCUUUAUUUAAAUCAGUGGAUAUUUAUGUAAAAAUGUUUAGUUUAGAAGAGCCCUACAUAUAUAUUUUCAUAUAUGUGAAAAACAAAAUAUGUAUUAAUAAUAGUGCUUAACUGAUGUGAUAUGUGUAUUUUUAUUAUUUACAACUAAAAUUACUCCUUAAAAUGUAUUUAUACUGUGAACUAAUUUAAUAUACUCACAUUAUGCUUUAAUAAUCUGUUUCUUAUUGAGCCAUAAUAUAUGCAUGUAAAUAUUCCUCCCUUAUUUGGAUGUGCUUGGUUUUCAUACCUGUGUGUAUAGCCUGUAGCAUGAUCAGCUAAGAGAAUGGUCCAUUGGAUGCUUUUCUCUUCAGUAGCAUCAAUCCACAUUUGCUGUCUACCAUCCAGGGGAAUAUAUUUAAAUAUAG